AUGGCAACGCGGCCAGAGAGAGAUAUUGAAGAGAUGGCCAAGGGAUGGUCCAAAGCCAUGGGGUUCUCCAAGGCCCGAUUACAGCGCGUGCACGAUCUUGCAGAAGAUCAACUUGACGACGCCAUCAAUGCCGGUCAUCUGGUUCUUGAGAAUGUGUGUUUGUUUAUUCAUGCAUGCGUAAGGCAUGGACAAUUCCGACCUCCUCUGAACUUUUGGCAAGUUCUUCAUUCUGAGUACGGUAUUAUCGUAUAUCCUUCUGCAUUCCAGGAGGACAUAAAUAUCCCAGGAUUGGGCAUCGAAGUGACAUUUACGGAGGCAUAUCGGGGCCAUAUUAUGAUGUAUGGUGGAACACGCACCAAGUAUCCUCCUCGCUGCCCCUUUGAGUUCAUGCAAGAACCACCACCGGUCUACCAGGAGGAAACACCAAAGAUGGAAGCAUAA